AUGAAGGAUCUGACAUUCCGACACCUUUGUACUCAGCUGAGAUCAUUCAGAAGGUUUCAACAUUCAGACGAUCCUAACCUCUAUACCCUUAAUGAGGGAAGACACCAUGACAGUGUCCAUCUCAGCCUUGCACUUCUCUUUAAGGCAGUAAUGUCCUCAUCAUCUUCAGUGUUUGAGACGGAGAUCUUUCAGCAUAUUGAUGUACAUCAAGGUGAUUCAUUGAGGUAAGAUCUUGAGGAGUGGGUAGCUGUGGAAGGUGAUUCUACUUCACCAGAUCUAAGGAAAGAAGUUACACAAAUGAUGGCAUUGGCAGCAGACAGACUUGCAGUGCUGGGAGCCAUUGGGGUCACAUCAGGGAAUCUCUUUAGGUGUGGAGCAAGAGAUAAUAAAGGACCUGUCCUAGCUUGGAUAAAUGCAGUGGAAAGAUUUAGAGCCUUGAAAUGAGCUAUGCCAGUGAACUUCAAGUUUGUAAUUGAAGGCAUGCAAGAAGCAGGGUCCUCGGGGCUAGAAAAGUUACGUGAAGAAGAAAACCAGUGGUUUUUAUCUGAUGGUGUUUAUAUUGUGAUUUCAGACAACCUCUGGCUUAGCAACAAGAAUCCUGACUCUUCAUAUGGGAGUCAGGGCAAUGCUGCCUUCUUUGGGGAGGUCAACUGUGGUGACUAGGACUUUCACUAUGGAACUUCUAGAGCUAUCAUUCAUGAGCUGAUGACAGACUUGAUAGUUCUGCUGGAUAGCCUUGUGGCUCCCACAGUUUGUAUUCAGAUCCCUGGAAUCUAUGAUAGCGUCAGUGCCCUGAUGGAAGAGGAGAGGAAAUUGUAUGAAUUGAUUGAAUUUGAUCCAGAGGAACAUAAAAGUAAUAGUGCUGUGAAAAAAAUCCUCUAUGGCACCAAGGAAGCCAAUGGGCACGUGGGGCGUUACCCUUUUAUCUCUACUCACAGGACUGAGGGAGCUUUUCAUGAACCAGGAUUUGAAACAGUUAUUCCAGCAAAAGUCACUGGCAAAUUCUCAAUCCAUUGGGUCCCAGACAUGGAUCUUUCUGUUGUGAAACAACAGGUGGUGGAGCACUUGGAGGGUGAUUUUUCCAAGAGGAAAAGUCAAACAAACUGAAAAGUGUCUAUGCUUUUGGGUACAAAGCCCUGGCUCACUGAUGGUAAUGAUCCACUAUAUAUAGCAGCAAGAAAGGCAAUAAAACCAGUUUUUGGAGAAGAUUCAGACUGUAUUUGGGAUGCUUCAACAUUUCCUGUUGCCAGAAUGUUUCAGAAAAGUGUGAUAAUGCUUCUGACUGGAGCAGCCAAUGAUGGGGAGCACUCCUGGAAUGAGAAAACAUGCAGACACAACUACACUGAAGGAACCAAAGCAAUUGCAGCAUUUUUCCUGGAGGUAUCAACACUACAUCAGCGCUUUUGUAAAAGUUACAACACAGAGGCCAACAACUGCUCAAGAAAAUCAGCAAAGCUUAAGCCUUCUAAAUGUCUGAUGUGGCAAAGCAUGUAA